GAGCCCCUGCCCUGCUGUGGAUAGCUCUGCUGCUUUUCUAUGUAGACCUCAUUAUCAUACCCAGAUCCCAGUCUUCAGGUGUCCAGAAGGCUGGGGAUAGACACUGACUUAUCCUCUCUGGACUCUUGCAGCUCCAGAUGGCAUGUCAGCAGCCAUCCAGAAAACUAAGGUGUCCUUGAACCCCCCAUGGAACAGAAUAUUUAGAGGAGAGAAUGUGACUCUUACAUGUAGAGGGAACAGUUCCCUUGAAGUUGACUCCCCAAGGUGGAUCCACAACGAAGAACCUUCGGCAGUGAUCACUUCAAGUUGGGAUAUUGUGAACGCAGGCAUCCAGGACAGGGGGGAAUACAGAUGCGAAAAAUCAGGAUUUAACAAGAGUGAACCUGUAUACUUAGAUGUCAUCAGUGACUGGCUGCUCCUUCAGGCCUCUUCUGAGGUGGUGGUAGAGGGUGAGCCCCUCUUCCUCAGGUGCCACGGCUGGAGGAAUCUGAAUGUCUCCAAGGUGACCUACUUCAAGAAUGGCAAAGCCCUCAAGUACUGGUAUGAGAACCACAACAUCUCCAUUGCCAAUGCCACAGCAGAGGACAGUGGCACCUAUUACUGCAUGGGCACAAUUCAGCAGAUGCGCUAUGCCUCUGAUCCCCUCAACAUUACAAUAAGAAAAGGUUCUACUCCAAGCUCCCAAAGUGACUACUUCUGGCUACAAUUUCUUAUCCCAUUGUUGGUGGCGAUUCUGUUUGUUGUGGACACAGUGUUGUUUAUCUCGACUCAGCAACAGUUCACUUCUCUCUUGAAGAUUAAGAGAACCAGGAAAGGCAACAAAUUUAUGGGCCCACAGCCUAAACGAGGCCCCCCAAAGAACUGAUGUCACUGCUCAAAAAAUAUGUGCAAUUGCUAUUUCUUUCUGGCAUUAGCAAUUACUUCUUAUGGUCAAACACAGCUCACAAGAUACACAGAAAGUGCUCAAGGAUUUACAGACUGCUUCAUAAAACCAGCCAAAACUGGUUAAAUGGCAUGUAAUAGUAA